AUGGCUACGCGUGGAGGCAGUCUACGGUGUAUCUUCCACCAUGUCGUCUUGCCACCUAAGCUGCCUGGCCAGGCCGAUGAGCACCCAGAGGCCGUCGAAAGGGAAUUGAUGCGCCGGUUGUUGAGUGCGGUGACGAUAAUGAAAACAAAGUCUGAAGAAGAGCUCUUCCCAACCUGGCAAAAGAUAGAAGAUACACUGAAGCUAUCUUCUCUUAUAAAUGAAGGAGGAAUAUGCAACAAGGCCGCGCUGCUUAAAUGUUUCAAGAAGCUGUCACCGGAGAUCGCCCUCAUUGCUCGUGUUCGAGAACAGAACGCAAGCCUUCUCAUCAGGUACGACGAAGAAGGCGUCAUUUUUGAGGGAUUUGAGAUCUCUCCCUCUGCCGAACAAACCCUUGCGGCCAAAGGCGCUCUGCAAUGGGACUUUCCCGGCUGCGCGGUCUGUAUACCCCACGAUACUUUCAAUGACCCCAGCUUUCAGGAGAAUCUCGCCCUUUUCCUUGAAAAAGCGAGUGUUGAGCGGCUCCACCAAUUCGCCGCCAAGGUUCGCAAGGCAGGCACGGAUGUGAGUGAAGACCGAGACACAUCCAAUCCCGCGCUCAUAACACAAUUCUUGAUGACUCUCCUCGAGAUUAAUGGCCGACGAUUGUCUAUACCUUACCUGCGAAAGCGCGUUUACGAUGAUGUCUGCUGGGACCAGGCAAAGAUCCCUUGGCGACGCUCUCCACUGUGGCUUACGCUCAGGGUGUGCAUCCAACGCUUGCUACAUCUGCAACAUGGCGAGCUAGGCCGCAUACAAUACAAAGGGCUGAUUUGUAUGUUCUUGGCAAAACUUCUGGGCGACUGCGUGACCGAGCUUCACUCCGAAUGCUACCACCAGCUGAAGAUAAAACUGUGUCGUCGAUUAGCGAAACUGGAAGCAGAGAAAGGGUCCGCAUCUCCAGCGGUAGCCAUGGUUUACAGCUCUGUUGUUAAACUAAUUGAACCUCAAUGUUCCGCCUCGAUUGAUAAAGCCACAGAGGCGAUCCAGAAAGAAUGGACUCUCUGGAAACAAGACAAUCAGCGACGGAUUCCAAAACUGUCUUCGUGUUCCGCCAACGACUCUUACCUCACACUUCCUAAUAGCAUCGAGUACCUGAAGAAUAUCUUCCAGCCGAGACAGCACCACAUCCCGCGAUCAGGCUCGAUAGAGCCCAGUCGUCUUGAGAGUAUUGUGACCAGCAGCACGACACAGCAGUUCGCUACUCUUACGAAGACAUACUCAACGCUCGCAGCUCGAGAGGCUGCUAUAGCGUCAGACUCCUUUGAGCUUCCGUCCACAGUCGAAGCGAUUAAGACGCGAUGCCUCGAUCUAGCAUCGUCCAUCGAGGACUAUAUGGACGCUGUAGGGAGCGCAUACGACGAUAACCACGAGCAGUUUUCCCUAUUUAUCCUGAACAUAUUCGACAUGUGGGUAGCUAUGGACAAGGCUGCAACAAAGGUGUGUCCAAUUCUGAGAGACUUCCACCCAUGGUUCGAGCCAGAAAUUCUUGACGUCUUGCUUCUGGCACGGUUUCCAGAAAUGCGACGUCUUCAGGCUAUCCAAACUUAUAUUGAUUCUCGCUGCACGGAAGCCAAGUACGGCAAGACAACCAUUUUCGCAGACCCAGCUCCUGGCUGCUUUGCUGAGCGGUACUUCGAUUCACCUGGCGCAGUCGCGCUCCAUAGGCUGCAGAGACGUAUUCUAGAAGCGUCACAGGACUGCGAGGAUGAUAAGAGAGAAGACCUGGAGAAAGUCAACGAUAAUUUCAUCAACCUCACCGAGAACCUGAGACUUACAAAUUGCACAAUGUUGCGCCACCCCGACGGAUCGCAUGACAUUCGCGGUUGCAAUCAUUGCUACUAUAUUCGGUCCCGCCGCCGGCUCGAGGUCGAAGUUCACGAAGAUUUUCUUCCAAUUGGACACCGAGUCGAAGUCCAGCAGAAGGCCGUCCUUUUCGAGUUACAGAUACCCAAGGACCUAGCGGCGUAUCGUGAAGUCACCUGGGCCAUCGUGAACAGACUCUGUCCCAAGAUAAUCCCUUCAGAUAGGGCCAAGCCGGAGGUCUUACUUGCGAAUUACCCUCAACUGAAGCCGUACAAUUCAAAUCGAGGAGGGGUCUUCUCUCUUGCGUCUCAAUGCAAAUCAUGGCUUGGAACACAUUACGGCUGGAUCAGACUUCCUGCUGCGGUGGAGGAUGUAUUACUUCCACAUGGCCUGAAAUACUCCUAUUACGAUUCGAAGAGAGAGUUGUGGUUCAGUGACUACCCAGAGCAGCUGAGCUUCGCACACCACUUUACGAUCGAGAUACCAAAGGAGUCUCCGUUCUCAGUGCUUUAUUCUUCGCUAGGGUUCGCUCCUGGUGUAGACGGUCCUUCUUCCUAUGAGGUAGCGGCUAGCGUCAGCGAGUGUCCAGCAGCCCUAACAACCCACGAAUUUACAGCCCAUCAGACAAUCGUGGGCGGAUGGAAUCGGCGCUGGCUAUCUAUUCUAGCCGAACUCGGGUCUUCGAAUAUCAAUUUCAGUCUACAAGAGACGAUGAUUCUGUUCAACCACCUGGCAUUGCAAGCAGGGCCCAGAACGGAGACCAAUAGAUUUCGGGUCGCUCACAUCAUGUUCAAGGAUGAACAAUUUUGCCAGAGGAUGACGGAACAAAUUGGCCGCCAUGUGGAAUCGAUAGCCACGAACCACCGCGAGACUUACAUGAUGGAGACUCUUCUGACACUUUGCAUCCGCCUAUUCACCUUGGGGCUUGCAGAGACCCGUCCCAACUCGAAGAGGGUUCUUUUAAGGAUUCGACAAAUAACAUUGGGUUGGAUUACCAUGCUACGGCAGGAAACAAGGCAAGCUGAAGAUGUCAAUCUAGCCAACACGUCUGCUCGAUAUUGUUUCCUAGCAGCCCUCCUCUGUCGGAGAACCUAUGCCCCCUGGCUCACAACUCAUGCAGCCCUUGAUUCGGACCAUUUGAAGUGCUUUUUCGAUGUAUCCUUGGCCAUGCAAGAAAGUUUAGUUGCCGACCUGAGCCGCUUCUCGACUGUGACUAAGAAUAUGCUGAUUCGAGACAUUAAAAUGACCAGUCAACUGUCUUCCCUGAUGCGUACUAGUGCGAACCAUGACCCCAAGUGUAUUGGAGAUGCCAUUGACACUGCCUGGCCCGCAGCUGACAACAAGCCGCGAAGCUAUACAGAGUGGAAACUGCUAUCGCCUCCUUACGAGAAUUGGGCCACGUCGCAAACGUGUGCAUCAGAAGGGCUUCUACCGCAAACUUUCUAUUUUCAUCUCCUUGAAGGCCAUCUGGUGGUUGACGGUAAAACCCUUGGAAAACUGCCAGCUGACAUUCGCGAUUCUCCGAUUCUGAAAGAACUCUUCGGGAACCAGCGACUGUUUGCUCUGCCCUCAAAUCUUCCAGGCAUGGAAUGGACGUUACUUAAUUCUGCCGAAAAGCAUCGGAUUCACUUGGGUCACCGUAGAACACAGCUAAUCAUACGAGCUGAGGCCUACAACACCACUCUAGAGCUCGUGCCAAGAAGUAUAUUUGGUUGCGGUCCUGAGUUUGACCUUCCCUACUAUCUGAUCUUUGAUUGUAUUCACUGGAUGGACCUCCGGACCGCCGUCCUCGAAUUGAGGCAAAAGCCACGAAUAUGGAAGAAACGAGAUGGUAACUGGAUUCUUGAUAUCCGUGCCAGAAAAGCAGAACGGCGAGAAGCCACACUCGUGGAUCCAUAUUCCCCGCUCGCGAAACAAAUAUCUAAGGUUUUCCUUCACUUCGAGCAGCUCAGUCGUCUCACUAUCUUUCAGACCCCCAGUACACUGAACGUCGAGUUGAAGAGGAUGAACCUGGACUUCUUCGUUACGAAAUGGGGUUCGCUCAGGUGCCGCCAACUUGGAGCGGUGAUUGAUCGCAACCAAGACCCGGGAACGUUCUAUGGACUUCAGAGUAUGCUUGUGCUGCGUGACGAGCGAACUGGCCAGCGCAGCAUACUGGUCUCACUAGGUGACCCCAGAUGGACACGCCUCAGGAGUCACGUCCUAGUGGAACUGGAGAGCAACGGAAUAUACGUGAAAUACACCAUCAACAAUGUGCUUCGGCGACUCGAAUGCCCUGCUGAUCCGCGGCAUCUUUAUGCAAAGGCUCAAUUGCACGCCCUAACAAGCCAUAUGUUACCAGACUCGCUCACUGGCCGAACUGGCAUCCAAGAAGCUCUUGACUGCCUCCAAUCAGGCUUUUGUCAGCCAUGGAUGCCACUUACCUGGGACGCCCGGAAUGCUUUGAUUCAAAUCGCUAGGCUGACACCAGAAAGAGCAUAUUAUCCAAAGGACAAGAAAUGUCAGCAGACUGUUUCCUGGGACCCUGACCUGACUCCAAACAUUCAGCAUGAGGGUUUCUAUCCCGUUGUUGACGCCAUCUUAAGGAAGUCCAAUCAGUUAUCUGAAUUCUCUAUCAAACAGACAGAUACACCAAACAAUUCGACAAUGCCCGCCAACACAAGCCAUCUGCGUGAGCGAGCACAACGGCGGCGGUCGGCCUUCGAAGCCGCUGGUUCGUUGCCGCCCGUUGAAGCCGAGGAUGUCCCCUAUUGUUCUCGAGACGGCUGGUCUAUGCCUAGAAGAGUCACCAAUGUUCGCGAAGUCGUGAGUUUGAUCCGGGAACAACGUUCUCUUAUACAUACGACGCGCGAUUUAAUAAAGCUUUUCGAAAGCUGGCCCUCGUUUGGUGGUUACGCAAACACGUUCAGUCUUUACAACCUCAACGACUUCCUCGAUGUCAACAUUGCUGAAGAAUGGGGUGGUCUCGUCAAUAUGAGCCGAAACACAGAGAGGGGAAAUUUACACAGACUUAUGUUCCAACUUGGUGUUAUAGCAUUCCGGGACCGCGUCAACAUGACGGCGUUGGUGGUCAUAGUCUCUUUCUUCAUAUUUCCAGAACUUCGAAGCCUUGCAUUUCCAGGAUACCCAUCACUUGUCAGGUUCGUCAAGGACGAGAAGCCUACCACUGAUAUUCUGCUCCCGGCUAUUAGGUCAUCAUACCCCCCUCGACCGGCGAUUUCCAAGAGACAUCGAGUCCACGAUGAGAAUUCCGGGUUCAAGUACGAUACCAACUGUGAGAAAGAGGGCGUCAAAUUAGCCGAGAUGCUGAUUCGACAAUGGCCUUGUACGGAGCCGUCCGUGGAAGACUUCGAGCCCACUAUUCUGGACAAAGCGCAGGCCCUCAAGGCUUUACUACCUGAAUGGACAAGAAUGUACCAAAACCUGCAGUUUCAGCGCCAUCUUGAGAAAGUCCAAACAAUACUUAAUCACCACUACACAGCGAACCAUGACUUUGCACCACCAACAGACUUGAGUCGCUCUCAAAAGGAGAUCUUGGGCCUGAAACGAAAGGGCAUUUUCUUUCUUUAUCCGCGACUUGAAGAAGACCUGCUGGGCAAACAGGCACUUCAGGCCCCCAAGUUACUAGAACUCGCCGUGGAACAGGGCGUUCUGGAGGCUCCAGAGUCGCCAGCUGGAGAACAAAAGGCCAAUUCGCUGCAUUUUCCGCCACAGGAAAUCCUUGAGCUCGAGGCGAUAGUCCGUCGGCUUGGUCAGUCUAGCUGUUCGGUGAGAUCCACGUACGCUCAAGACCUUGGACAAAGCAUCACGGCUUUGGCGACAAAUCAAGCUACCAAGCACGACCAUCGAGUCCACCAUGUCAAGCCCAAAGAAACAGCUGAAGCAGAUAUUCGAGCAGCUCACGCUGACAUCAAGGGUCAUCAUACCUGUAUCAGCCAGUCAUUCUCCUCGCAUGAUGCAAGGUUCAAAUGGCUAGCAAAAGGUGACUUAUGGCCUAUCAUGACUCCGACCACAAUCUUAAGGCAGCUACGAUCGACAUCACGACAUGUGUUCGGACCGGGCAUGUAUGAGUUGCUUAUCUCGUACGCUUUAGCGACUAGCAAGCUGCAGAAGCUCCUCAGGCUAAAGGACGCUGCGAUAAAGGGUGAUGAUAGCAGAAUCGAUCAUGAGCGUGCUGACUCUGGCCAUGUGAAUUGGAGUCCAGCUGACUUCCCGGACUGGAUUCUCCUUGAGAUCGACGCCAACAUCCAGAUCCGACAGGAUCAGGUUACCGUGGCUAAGGAGAUGAUUUCACCCACUUCCGGGGCUAAUUCCGUGCUACAGAUGAACAUGGGCCAGGGGAAAACAUCCGUGAUUAUGCCCAUGGUUGCCGCCGUGCUGGCAAACGGUGAGAUGCUUACAAGGCUUCUAGUCCCCAAAGCACUACUAUCCCAGGCGGCGCAAAUCCUCCAGUCACGCCUUGGUGGGCUACUGGGUCGUGAUAUCGUCCAUGUUCCAUUCUCACGGCGAACUCGGACAACUUUGACCCUCCUCGAAGACUACCACCAGUUGCAUGCUAGUACCUUGACCAAUUCUGGUAUAAUACUUGGCGUGCCCGAGCAUAUAUUAUCAUUUAAGCUCAGCGGUCUUCAGCGCCUGGCUGACUCGAAACUGACGGAAGCCAUUCAGAUGAUCGACACGCAGAAAUGGCUGAAUGAAAACUCGAGAGACGUCAUUGACGAGUGUGACUUUACCCUUGCUGUCAAGACGCAGCUGAUAUACCCCGGUGGCGCACAGCUUGUGGUUGAUGGGCACCCCGAGCGCUGGGAGGUCGCCAUGACUCUUCUUGGACUCUGCGCACGCCAUUUUAGUGACCUUGCUCGAGAGUACCCACGGAGCAUAGAUAUCCUUCAGCGCAGCUCGACCGGGUUUCCCGUGACUUACCUACUACGAAAAGACGUCGAAAAAGCUCUGGCGGCGAAGAUCGCACAAGAGAUCUGCGAUAAAAAGACAUCCCUGUUGCCGCUUGGGGACUGCAACGAGAAGGGCAAGGAGGCUAUCCGGUUGUUCAUCACAGAGGAGAAAGUCAACGAGUCUGUGACCAAACGUGUUGCAAAACUAUUUCCUGAUUCCCCCAAAUCGCGCAAGGUCGUCUAUCUGCUACGAGGGCUACUGGUGCACGGAAUUCUCAUAUUGUGUCUCAAGAAACGCUGGAACGUCGAGUAUGGCCUUCACCAUGGUCGAGACCCGAUUGCGGUGCCUUUCCACGCGAAGGGCGUCCCAUCUGAGCAGGCUGAGUGGGGCCACCCCGAUGUUGCAAUCCUGUUUACUUGCCUCGCGUUCUACUACGAGGGCUUGAGUCAGCAGCAAUUGAAAAGGAGUCUUGAGGCAGUCUUGAAGAGCGAUCAUCCGGCAACGGAAUAUGAGCGUUGGACACAAACCUCGGCCACACUACCGGAAGCACUACGGCAUUGGGCCGCCAUCUCAGUGGACGACGCUGGGCUAGUUGCGGAGAUAUGGAGACACUUGCGCUACACGCGCGAGGUGAUCAAUCAUUUCCUGGGCAACUUUGUGUUCCCUCUUCACGCUAAACAGUUCGCCACAAAGUUGUCGGCCUCUGGAUGGGAUUUGAUCUUGAGUCAUGGAUCACAGUAUCGUUCAACGCAGUGGAUUCAUCCGGGUAUAACGACAGGCUUCUCCGGCACGAAUGACAAUCGUCGGCUCCUUCCACUAACCAUCGAACAGCGUGAUUUACCUGGACUGUCUCACACGAAUGCCGAGGUGUUGACCUACCUUCUUCAGCCCAGAAAUAGGCGUUAUCAUGUGGCUAUUGGAGUGCACGGAAGACGUAUGUCUGAGUUUGCCCUGCUGGAAAACCUACAUAGGUCAAAUAUACGAGUUCUCAUCGACGCUGGAGCCUUCAUCAUGGAGAUGAACAAUGAGACGGUGGCCAGAGCAUGGUUGCAAGCAGACUGGAAAGCCAAAGGGGCCGUAUAUUUUGGCGACGACAACAAACCGUGGAUUAUGUACCGGAACUACAAACGUGCUCCGCUUUUUGCCAGCCCAUUUGCAGACGAUCUCACCGAAACCCUCGUUUACCUAGAUGAGGCUCACUGCAGAGGAGUUGAUCUCAAAUUCCCAGCCAACGCGACCGGGGCACUUACUCUAGGCCUUGGGCAGACCAAGGAUCAUACUGUUCAAGCUGCGAUGAGACUUCGCCAGCUUGGAACAACCCAGUCUGUGACCUUCAUAGCGCCGCCAGAGGUCCACCAGAGUCUGUUGGAUGUAUGCCACAAGACCGCAAACGAUACCCUGGAUUCGUCGGACGUGGUCACCUGGCUGCUUGAUCAGACAUGCGCAGCCAACCGUGAACUUUCGCCGUUGUAUUUUGCGCAAGGCAAAGACUUCACUGCCCGCAUGCAAGCAGCCGCCACUCAUAAGAAGUUCCUAUCAUCAGUCGAGCAUAGAAAAGCGUACCUGGAGACAUUGCAGCAGCCCGAACGGCAAACCUUGGAGCAGCUAUACGAACCAACGUACCGCGAUAGGACGACACCCGAUCUACCCCCAACUACUCUGUCCGCUGGAGGAAAAGUGGCCGCAUUGGUGCAGGCACUUGAAUCCAAGCGGCGACGGGAGUCUGAGGCAUUCGAGUCAGUCAUUAGCUCAGCACUCGAAGAGGUAGAGCAAGAACGCGAGGUUGCCUACGAAAUCGAAGAGGAACGGGAAAUCCAACGCCCUACUCGCAAGAAGCCUUUGCGCUUUCCAGGUCUGCAUGAGUCAAUCCUGAACUUCGCCAAAGGGGAUCUGCACGAAACAUCGGACUUCUUGAAAGCAUCGGAAUGGCUAGAAAGUACGCAUCUCGGAGAAAAGUACAACAUAGAAGGCUCGUCGCUCGUCCCUCACCUUUACUUGUCCCCUGAGUUUCCCAGGACUGUCAAGCUCAAAAAGUCGGGCAAUGACGAUUCCUACAUCCGACCCGUGAACUGGGUUCUCUAUAACAGAGUCACGGAGACCGCUCUGGUAGUCAUUCCUGAGGAGGCCGAGGAGUUGAUACCCAUAAUGCGCGGCUUUGCGCCCGUCAACAUGCACCUUAUUCUGUACGCGGCGCCCUGGACAAAGGCAAUGCUCCAUUUCAACAACCUGAAAUAUUACGCCCUACCCGGUCUUCCCUGGGACUGGAGGCCCCCUGUCUGGCUGCCGUUCGAGCUAGGAAUCCUCUCAGGCAGACUCUACUUCCCAUUCUCCGAGUACGAAGACCUCUCCAACCCGCUCUACUCACUAUCCGGCGACCCAGGCGAAGAAGACGAAUCGCUGAACGCAUUCACCAAGAAUCGCUUGAAUUUCAUGCAGGAGUGGCUCGCGAUCCGUCGGCAGGGGCAGGACAUCACGGAUACUCCGAUGGGGUACAUCUGCCAGAACUGGCCGCUGCGCAGUGACCACCCUUUCUUUACGGCGAGAGUGAUCAAUCUCGAGGACUCGCCUGGCCUCAAACCGCUUCGGUUCAGUGUGAAGGAUGAAGAGGAGGAGUAUUAUAGCAGCGAUGACGGGUUGCAUGUGGAUGAUAUGGAUGAUAUGGAUAUCGAUGUUGAUGACGAUCUAGCCGAGGCGCUUGAUGAUAUGAUGGAUGUGGAUUGA